AUGGACACGGAUGUACCCGAAACUGUGGACUUCGAUCCUCUCAGCCGCAAGACUACUCGACAGAUGUUGGUUGGCGCUAUUUCGAAGAAAGUGGGAAAAUUCUUGAUACCCGACAUCGCCAGAAUUGAUCACCUUCUUUGGCUCUUCAAAGCAAAGGUUGACAAGGAUCUCCGCUUGCCUCAAAAACCCGAGUUUAGUCAGCGCCCUCGUGUCCUGAAAGAAGACCGCUUGAAGGGCGAGACAGUAGAAGAGCUUCGACAUGCUCUGCAAGUAUAUGCUCCACACAUAUUUGUGUACUCGAUCGCUUUGAGGCCCUCAUGUCUCAUUGAUCUCUACGUCAAAUUUGUUAUCGAAGGCAAUCUUCCCCCCGAGCGUACCCCUGUCCUUGGCUUUCACUAUGCUGUCAUAGACAAAGAAGAAUGA